UCGCUGAGCCUUCGGCGCGGGGGCGUGUCCCGUGCAUCCGUGGCGCAAGAUGGCGCUGCCCUUUGCACGUUCUUGGCGCUUGUGCCCCUGGGCAGCGAAGCGAUGGGGGGUUGCCGCGGGGGAAUCCCGGAGAGGCAUCAGUUUCAAACUGGAGGAAAAAACGGCCCACAGCAGUCUGGCACUCUUCAGAGGUGACACAGGUGUCAAAUAUGGCUUGGUGGGAUUGGAGCCCACCAAAUUAGCUCUGAAUGUGGAGCGGUUCCGGGAGUGGGCCGUGGUGCUGGCAGACACAGCGGUCACCAGUGGCAGACAUUACUGGGAAGUGACAGUGAAGCGUUCCCAGCAGUUCCGAAUAGGAGUGGCAGAUGUGGACAUGUCCCGGGAUAGCUGCAUCGGUGUUGACGAUCGAUCAUGGGUGUUCUCCUGUGCUCAGCGCAAGUGGCAUACCAUGUUGGCCAACGAGAAAGCCCCAGUCGAGGGGAUUGGGCAGCCUGAGAAGGUGGGGCUGCUGCUGGAAUAUGAGGCCCAGAAGCUGAGCCUGGUGGAUGUGAGCCAGGUCUCUGUGGUCUACACGCUACAGACAGAUUUCCGGGGACCAGUGGUGCCUGCUUUUGCUCUUUGGGAUGGGGAGCUCCUGACUCAUUCAGGGCUUGAGGUGCCUGAGGGUCUCUAGUGGGUGCAUUACCAAAUUAUGUGUCUGAAACUAUCUUAUAUUGCCCAUGCAAACUCUAGCUCCCACAGCUCAGCUCAGGUCCUGUGCAUUAUCUUAAGUCAUGGUCUACUUUGUGAAAGCUAGGCAUACAGCUGAGCUUUCCUCUCAAACUACUGUUAGUUUCCUGACCAACCAUGGAUAUAUGUUCCCUGGCUUACUUUCUUCAGUCUGUGUCACCUGCCCAUCCCCAGGCCUUUCUGAGAGCUUCAGUCCUGGAAUCUUUUUUUUUUGAGACAGGGUCUCAGUAUGUAGCUCAGGCUGGCAUUGAACUGUGUGGUAGGAACAUCCUGGCCUUCCUGCCUCAGCCUCCCGAGUUCUGGGAUUACAGGCAUGUGCUACUAUACCUGGCUCUGGAAUCUUGUCUUUCAGCUGUUUGAACUACAUAUUCAUCACUGUAUUACCUCUCAUAUUCACAUGUAACUUUUUGGAAGCUCUACCUGAGUGAAUCAUUUCUACCUCUGGCUGUAAGAGUUGUGCAGUCAGUGACUGGGACCUUUCUCUACAGCACCUCCAGAGCGUGGACUCUGGUUCCCUCAGUGCUUUAUUGACUCAGUAGGUCUGAGUGAGAACAGAGUCCUCCUUCCCUAGUACCUCCAUGCAUAGACCCUCAGCCCCCAUGACUGCAGCAAUCCUCACACAGACACCUAGCCAGUCUGUCAUAAUCACUGUGCCAGUUACAAAGGGAAUCAUUGUGCCAGUUACAAAGAGACAAUAGGCUGAUAUCUAGGGGCUUAGUGCCAGCCACUUUACUAAGAAGUUUCAUCUGAAUUUCUGCCAUAGUUGCAACUUAAGAGGAAGGAGGAAGGCCUGAGGUUUUGCAAUAUCCAUUUUUUGACCUGUUAAAGAUCCAAACCCCUUUUCCCUUUGACAACAGAAUACACUUAACCUGAACCAUUUUUUAGGGUUGAGGUAAACCUGGUGGGGUAAGGGAAUAUGCGUGAAAUCUGUAUUAUU